AUGGGCGGAUGUAUCAUCCGGAUGUCGAGACUGCAGUACAGUUGGAAUAAUACGCCUUCUGGGCAGGAAAGCUUAGUGAAAUGUAGUGGUACUGAGAGACCGUUUGUGCAUUCUGUCUCUGGAAUGUCAACUGUCACUCGUCGAACCACUAUGAAGCACCCUGAUAUCGUAAACUUGAACUUGGGAGCACAGCAGACCGAAUCCAGUCGCCGUAUCUGUACAGACCUUCAGGCCAGCGCCAAGUCUUCCACGAUUGAAAGAUCUCUGGCUCCUGUUGACGACCCCUCGCUCGGUCAAAUAAAACUGCCAGAAGAAAUAGGUCUUUCGUCUGAUCAUGCAGCAAACACGACAUUUUCCAAUAAUGAUGACAUCUCUUUUGAUAAGACUGCUUUUGGAGAGGUUACCGAGCCGGAUAACAAGAUCGGCAAUGAGGCAUUUCGGAUGGCUGACUUCGAAAACCAUUCAAGUGUACCACAAAAGUCCGAGGAUGAUCAAGUGCAUGACCGCAAAAUGGGUGAUUCUCCCAAUGGGCCAACGGCAGUAACUAAAUUGGCUGAAAGGAGGUCGUCUGCUUCCAAACCACUUCUGCCGUCAAACUUGUCAAGGAAUUUGUUCAGCAUGACUUCAGACGAAGGCAAAAUCAUGAGUCAUGAGCCCUCGCAGACCAGCAGCAAGCAAAGUUUUUCCAAUGAAUCAGCUGGCCUAGAAUUACAGUCGGUUGGCAAAAUUUACCAAUCUACACCUCAGAUGGACAUUUUGCGAUCACGGUUAGUUGGUUAUAGUCUCAACUAA